AUGCGAUUACCCCUGCAUUCGCGCAAGAUAUCCGAUGGGUCUGCCACAAAGACGCGCCUCAUAGUCCUCGUCCUAUUAGCCGUAGGCUGCCUCUUCUCCUUCUUCGUCGUCCUCUACAUCUAUACCAAGUCUCGCGAGCGCCGCCUCAGCACCUCGAAUCGCACCAGCGCAAAGCCUCCCACGAGCAACUGGCUCACCCGGCGCCUGCCGCAAUGGCCCACGCUCCGUAGCCGAACCUCGUAUUCCGCCAGCCUUCAGCGCAUCGAAUCUCCACACCUCACGCGCACCAGAAGCCGCAGCCGGAGCCGCCAGCGUUCCGACGAUCCCGAUGAGCCUGUGUCCGGCGCACUCAAUGACCACGAAGUCGAGACCACGGGCGCGGACGCGGCAGGCGUCGACCGCAAUACCAGCGUGCGGAGCGUGAUGACUCUGCCCGCGUAUUCGUCUGCUGCGAGGCCUACGGAGCGGAUUCUAGGCCGCGAGGGCGAGCGCGGAGGCAUCGAUACCGUGCUUGAGUUCCCCGAGACGAUCGAUGAAGAGGAGGCGAGACGCGAUGAUGAGAUGGAGAGCCUGUACCAGAUACGGCAGGCGCGGCGGGUAGAAGCCAGGGAGAGGGAGGAGCGGAGGGCGGAACGGCGACAGGCGCAGGAGCAGGGGGACUUCGAGAGGCUCGCGGAGCUGCGGCUGGAGAGUCGGAUGCGGGCGGAGCAUAUGGCCCAGGGCCUUACGCAGAGGAUGUCGGAGGCAUUGAUCGCGGAACAUCACGCCGCGAAACAGAGGCGGGGCCAACGGGUCUCGUCGGUCAACUAUGCGGAACUGGGCGUCGCGAGACACGACGGCACAAGGCUGCGAGCCAACUCGGCGGAAAGCGACAACAGGCCGCUCCUCGACUCCGCGGCGAGUUUCGGCGGCAGCAGCAGGCCUGUCAGCAGUAGGGCGUUGGGGCUGCACCACCGGGAAGCCUCCGCCUCGUCCGUUCUCUCGCUCUCCUCGAAUGUCUCGGACGAAUAUGUCGACGCCGAACGGAACCAUAGCGGCGGCAGCGGAAACACGGACUUCGAGGUUGUCUCGCUCAGCAGGUCGCGGUCGCCGUCGGCAGUAAGAGGAGCAGCGGCAGGAGGCGAUAUGGGCGCGCUACGGAUACCGCCGCAUGAGCCGCCACGGUACGACCACGUAGAACUCGAGGAAGCGCCGCCGUAUGAGAGUCCGGUCAGGACGAGGGCGCCGCAGUUGCCCUCGUCGGGCAUCCCCCAGCUGCCGGCGCUGGAGCGGCUACCGAGCAUCCAUAUCACGGCGGGAUCGCCGGUCCAUGAGCGGAGUACGAGCCCUGAGCGGAUACGGGGACGGCGAGAAGAGCACCGUUGUUGA